AUGAACUGGACGGAGAAAUUUCUUCAAACAUUUCCACAAGCCCAUAUCCAGGACGACAAGCGUGCGCAUGUAGAAGAAGUUAUUAAAGCUAUGAUUAAAGAUGGCCGAUCGAUGUUACAUGUAGUCGCGGACUUUGAUUUUACAUUAUCAACUUAUGAUAACAAUGGAGAUCCCGCGCCAUCGACAUUUGCUGUUAUUGAAACUGAUGAACGCGUUCAAUUGCCUGAUGGCACACUUGUUCGUGAUCAAGCAAAUGCAUUACGCUCAAAAUAUAUCCUUAUCGAACAUGAUGUUCAUUUACCAAUGGAAGAGAAGAUUCCUCAUAUGGUGUAUUGGUGGCGUAAAGCUCAAUCUCUACUUCUCUUGUCGAAUCUUAAUAAGUCCAUGAUACGUGAACUAGUCUAUAAUUCCAAACUACAACUUCGGAAAGGCGUACAAGAUUUUAUUACUGAUUUACUACAAAGUCACACACCGAUUCUAAUCUUCUCUGCUGGUUUAGGCGAUGUGAUCAAAAUCUUUCUCGAGAAGGAAAUUCCUGAGUUUGAUCAUAAUCAUCAAUCAUCACACAUCGUUUCAAACUUUAUUCAAUACGAUACCGAAGGCAAUUUAGUGUCAUUUUCUGACAAAUUGAUUCAUUCGUUCAACAAAAAUGAACAUGAAAUUCAUGAUACACCAUAUUAUCGAUCAAUUCUUAAUCGUCCAAAUGUAAUCCUUCUCGGUGACAGUCUCGGUGACGUCGGGAUGAUUGGCGGAAUGCAAAAUCUCAAGCAAACUCUGAAAAUAGGUUAUUUAAAUCGAAGUACACCGACGAAACUAGAAGUUUAUCAAAAUAUUUUUGAUAUUGUCAUUUGUGAUGACUCGACUUUCGAUAUUCCGAAUUUUAUACUCAAAACAAUAUGA